AUGAGCAAGAAGCGUAAACUUGCAACGGUUGAUACACUCGAUCCCAAGUGCCUUCAUGAUGAUACAGUGGAUAGGGAUAAGGAGGAGGCAGCAUGGACUGUACGUACACCCAGCAAACAGAUGAGUAUUGCAAACCUCAUUAGCUCACCACCCACCCCAACGACCAGUGACGAUAGUUUCUGGGCUGCUGGAUCAGCUCUAGCCAAUGUCACCAUUAAACACGAGAAAAUCGAGGUGGAUGUUGCGACGACAGAGACCGAGAGGUAUCGGUCUGUUUCUGUACCAGCGUCGGCGUCGGCAUCGUCUUCGAACAUUCCAGCAGCGUUCUUGGCCACGCAAGCGUUUGCGAGUCCGCGGGACUUUUUCGUAGCACCAGUGGUAGUAGCGACGAAAUCAGAUGGAAAUACGGAAGCACGCACAGGUGCAACAUCGGCGUCGGAAAAAGCUCAUGUCAUUUGUACGCUGUGCCAAGUGAUCAUGGGCAACCGAGUCUAUAGUCUCAAGAGACACUUGUUUCGUCAUCAUCCACAGGUUUUUCGUGUUGAUAGUCCAGCGCGUAGCAAAAUGACAGAAUCGAGAAAGAACCGGGGUAUGAAAAGUGACCCUGACAUUGCAAACUUAAGACACAACGGCAACGACCAGCUCGUAGUACAGCUCAAGGACACAUUCGGGUCAGCUGAUGGGCCGAUGAAGCGCUGCAAGAUGACUGAUACUGUGGAUACUAGCAGCACUUCCUUGCAAAAGCACAAUGACGCUUUCGUGGACUGGCUGCGCUCGGAUGUGAUUCCGAUGAAGGCACUGCAGAAUCAGCUGUUUCGCGAGUUUUUGACGCUCGUGAAUCCGACAUUUAUAAUGCCGCAGGUGAUCAUACAGCCACAGAAGCUUCACAAACUCAACUUAUUGAGAUCAAAUCAUGGGAAAGGUGAUAAUUCGCCAAUUAGUCGUUGUGUUGAUUCGAGUGCCAUUGGGUCUGGCACAACAGAGCUGCUCUUUAUGAAAGGUCUUUGUUUGCAAGGCAAUGGAUUAGCCCCGCAAUUGAUCACGGACCUUGUCGUACCGACUCCGGCUCCUCAUGAAGCACUGAUUGAGGUGUUACGAGCAGGUAUAUGCGGGACAGACUUGCAGAUGAUUGACAAUUACAAGCCAGGGUUCAAGGGUACACUAGGACACGAGUUUGUCGGCAUCGUUCGGAAGCUUGGAGCACAGUACACGAACGAUGAACAGACACAACGGAUGUGGAUUGGCAAGCGUGUUGUAGGUGAAAUUAACAUUCCUUGCAACUCGUCCAAGUGUGUGACUUGUGCACGAUGCAAUAUAACGUUCAAUCGAAGAGGUGAUACGUUGACAAGAGAUGAGGUAAUGCGUCGCAACCAUUGUCCCAACCGAUCCUGCCUCGGCAUCGUGCGGAAGGACGGUGCAUUUAGUCAAUUCAUUACACUUCCUCUUGCAAACCUCUAUGAGGUGCCAGACAGCAUUGUGGACUCGCACGCCGUCUUUGCUGAGCCAUUAGCGGCAGCGUGCCGCAUUCUAGAGCAACAAGUUGUCCAGUCGUCCGAUCACGUCGUGGUACUUGGAGAUGGAAAACUAGGUCUCAUGGUAGCAGAGGUUCUUCAGGCUACCGGAGCUGCCAAAUCAGUAACACUCGUGGGAAAGCACCGCGAUCGGCUGGCGUUAGCGAAACAUGACGUGAGCAGCGUGUAUACAUUAUCGAGCGGUGACGAUGCAGAGAUGAAUGCACUUGUAGCUCGAAUCGCCAGCGACCGAGAGCCUUUUGACGUGUGCGUCGAGUGCACAGGAAGUCCCAGCGGCAUCACGUUGGCACUGAAAUUAGUACGCGAACGUGGAACUGUAAUUAUCAAGUCAACGUGCUCGGUAAAGCGGUCUACGGUGGACGUUACGGUGGUGCAAAGCAAGCGACUACGAAUCGUAGGCUCCCGGUGUGGACCCAUUCCAUGGGCACUGCGAUUACUACGAGACCGCAAGAUUGACGUGCAAAAGUAUAUUCAUGGUGUUUACCCGUUGGAGCGAGCCGAGGCAGCAUUGGCUCAUGCGGCUCAGCGCGGUACACUUAAAAUUCAGCUUGUCAUGAGGUGA